GUCUGUCAGCUGCUACAUCAGUGGCUAACAGCUCGACGAGCAUGAGCUGAAGGUCAGAAGGGAAGCAAGACAUUAUACACUGUAUAAUUGAAUCUUAUUUCCCCUCUUUCUAUCACAUGCUCGUAAUGCCUUCUUUCAUUCAUACUCUCCUAAUCAUCGUAUAACUGGUGCUUAAUAUGGCUUCAACUUCAGAACCACUCACAAAAGGGACAUAUGCACCUUCGGGUCCAAACGACAUACGCGGUCCCUGCCCGAUGAUAAACUCUCUCGCGAAUCAUGGCUAUCUUCCCCGCGACGGCCGAAAUGUUCGUGUUGAAGAAGUCCUCGCAGGCAUGGACGCAAUUGGCCUCUCCAAGCCUCUCGCUGCCGCCUUUGCCAACCCCAUCUUUCAAGAACGUGCGCCUUCAAAAUUUCACGAUGACCCAGUUGUCAAAAAAUCUCUUCUGCAAACCAUUUUGCAAACUAUCAGGGACCCUUGGUCUGUUUUGGGUAAAUUUGGUAUGCGCAAGCCGGGUCAGCUGGACUCUGAGGGUCACAGGGUUUUGAACUUGGACCAGCUUGGGUUACCCAACACAGUUGAGCACGAUAUAUCUUUGACCCGCCGGGAUCAUCAACAAGGUGAUAACCUCACUCUUCAGAAAGACCUUGUCGAAGAUCUCUUGGCGAGUUCAAAGGAUGGUCAGACUCUUACCGCGAAUGACCUCGCGGAAUUUCGCAAGAAGCGCAUCGCCAGACAGAGAGAGGAUAACCCGGGUCUUCAAUAUGGGUCUUUCGAACACGAUCUUGCGUGUGCGGAGAUUGCGCUGAUUCUCAAUGUCAUUGGAACUGGUGAUAGUGUGCCAUGCAACUAUGCCAGGGCCUUUUUGCAGGAAGAGAGGCUGCCGAUGCAAGAGGGAUGGAAGAGAGAAGAGUCGAGAUUGGGUAUAAUCGGGUUACUCACCAAGAGGAACGGCAUCAAGAAGAUUAUUGGGAUGGAAUUCAAGUCUUGAUGUCAUGGCUAUCUCUCAUUUCACUUCUGCAACGAUUCCAUAUGGGAAGCUUUUCUUUCAUCUUGUUCAGAUGAUGGAGAAGAUCAAUGACCAAGUUGGUUGGUUUCUACAGAAUGAUGUCUUUUUACUAUAUCUACCUAGUACCUAAUGUUAUGACAACAACUCCCAGUACGACUAC